GGGGCCUUAUCUUUAACUCAAUACCGCACUGUUCAAUCAUUCACUCCAGGUUACCAUCGAACAAAAUAUUCCACUACACAUUCAGACGAUAACUCAAGUGCCUCGAAAAGCGGUGGUGAUAAGUGUACGAUUACAGAUAGAAAACAAAGAAAUGAAGGGUUAGAACGGAGAGCUGAAAAAUUUGACCAGCCAACAAGUAGAAAUCAAUUACACAGAGGGAGAGAAGAAACAAACAAAGAUCUGCAGGAAGAAAGCUUGUCAAGAGCAA